GAACCAGCAGCCUGGGGAUCGAGUUACACUCUCAGAGGCCAGUUUUUUCUCCUCCAUCUGAGAAGUGGGGGAUGGUGAUGAAGCCAUUCUGCACUUUUCUUUCUUUCUUUUUUCAUACAGUUCAAAAAAGCUCCUCCAAUCCAUGUUUUCUUCCUUUUCUUUUAUUACGCACUAGUUUUUACACACAGAACUGAAGCCCAUGUGCAGCUUGUGAGUCGGAGUGGAAAGUUUUAAUUGCGGAAUAGAAUAAAGAAGAAGAAGAGAAGAAGAAGAAGAAGAAGAAGAGGGAAGAAGAAACUCCUGGAAGUUGUGCGGACAAAAAUGAAGUAUCUGCUAUUAUUAUGACUGAACCUGGAAUCAUGAUUUCAGAUUUAUUCUUGGAAAUAAUUUUGGUCGCAGGACGCUGGAACUGGCGCGGAUAAAAUCAUCCAAAGGAAGAAAAGAAGGAGUCAUUUUACUAGUGUUUUUGUUGUCGCUCUUGAAAAUGUCCUCCAGCUCCAUCUCCAUUGUUGGCGGAUUUGGGAUGCUUUGGCUUUGGGUUGGGUCUGUGAUGGUGACCCAGGCCGUGAUGUUACACAAAAAUGAAAGUAUGUUUAACGAUUUAUGUAAGAAAACGACAACUUGUGAAGUGUUGAAGUACAAUACGUGUCUCGGUUCUCCUCUGCCGUACACGCACACGUCUCUGGCGCUGGCUGAAGACUCUGAGACACAAGAAGAAGCUUUUGAGAAGUUGAACAUGUGGUCUGGUUUGAGAAACGCUCCUCGGUGCUGGGCAGUCAUUCAGCCUUUACUCUGUGCUGUUUACAUGCCCAAGUGUGAGAACGGCAAAGUGGAGCUGCCCAGCCAGACCCUGUGCCAGGGGACCCGUCGACCCUGCCACAUCGUGGAACAGGAGAGAGGGUGGCCCAACUUCUUGAAGUGUGAGAACACUAUCAGGUUUCCCUUCGGUUGCCAGAAUGAGGUGCAGAAAAUCAAAUUCAAUACAUCGGGACAAUGUGAAGCUCCUCUGGUCAAAACUGACAUUCAGGCCAGUUGGUACAAGGAUGUGGAGGGUUGCGGCAUUCAGUGUGACAAUCCGCUUUUCACGGAGGAUGAACACUCCGACAUGCACGGCUACAUCGCCAUCUUCGGAUCAAUCACCCUGCUGUGUACUUUCUUUACAUUAGCGACAUUUCUUGCCGACUGGAAAAAUUCCAACCGCUACCCGGCUGUAAUCCUCUUCUAUGUCAAUGCCUGCUUCUUCGUGGGCAGCAUCGGCUGGCUCGCUCAGUUCAUGGAUGGCGCUCGCAAAGAGAUUGUGUGCAAAAGUGAUAACACCAUGCGGCUUGGAGAGCCCUCAUCGACAGAGACGCUUUCUUGUGUUAUCAUUUUCAUCAUCGUGUAUUACUCCUUGAUGUCAGGGGUCAUCUGGUUUGUUAUGCUCACCUAUGCCUGGCACACAUCUUUCAAAGCCCUGGGUACUACACACCAACCUCUGUCUGGAAAGACGUCCUACUUCCACCUGGUCACAUGGUCCAUCCCGUUUAUUCUCACAGUGGCUAUACUGGCCAUUGCACAGGUUGAUGGAGACUCUGUUAGUGGAAUCUGCUUUGUGGGCUACAAAAACUACAGAUAUCGCGCUGGGUUUGUUCUGGCUCCAAUUGGCGUGGUACUCACUAUUGGUGGCUAUUUCCUUGUAAGAGGUGUCAUGACAUUAUUUUCCAUCAAAAGUAACCAUCCAGGACUGCUGAGUGAAAAAGCAGCAAGUAAAAUCAAUGAGACCAUGCUGAGACUUGGUAUAUUUGGUUUUCUGGCUUUUGGGUUUGUUUUCAUCACUUUUGGAUGCCAUUUCUACGACUUUUUCAACCAGGCGGAGUGGGAAAGGAGCUUUAGGGAAUUUGUGCUGUGUGAAGCGAAUGUCACUAUAGCUCAUCAGACCAAGAAACCGAUCCCGGAGUGCACCAUUAAAAACCGACCCAGUCUGCUGGUGGAGAAGAUCAAUCUGUUCUCGAUGUUCGGUACCGGCAUUGCCAUGAGCACAUGGGUGUGGACCAAAGCCACAAUUCUCAUUUGGAAGCGCACCUGGUGUAGGAUAAUCGGACGCAGUGACGAUGAGCCGAAGCGCAUCAAGAAGAGCAAGAUGAUAGCCAAAGCAUUCUCCAAGCGAAAGGAACUCCAAAUGGAUCCGGAAAAAGAAUUGUCCUUCAGCAUGCACACGGUCUCCCAUGAAGGACCUGUGGCGGGCAUUAACUUUGACCUGAAUGAGCCGUCCAUGGAGAUGUCCUCUGCGUGGGCUCAGCAUGUGACGAAGAUGGUGGCACGAAGAGGUGCCAUUUUACCUCAGGACAUCUCGGUUACGCCCACUGGGACACCCGUGCCUCCUCCAGAAGAGCGAAACAAACUGUGGAUGGUUGAAGCCGGUAUCCCGCCUGAGAUGAUGAAACGUAAGAAGAAAAAGAAGAAGAGGAAGAAGGAGGUACGUUCAGUAGCACCUGAUGAAGAGGGUUUGAAUCCCCAUCACAGAGAGUUUGGUCCCAGCGCUGUCCCUCGCCUCCCUAAGCUCCCGGCACAUCGCAGCCUUGUGGCUAACCUGUGGGAGCGGCAACAGCAGGAAGAGGAGAACGUCCUUCCAGGCUCCUUCCCAGAAUUCCGACCUUCCUGUCCCAUUCCGUACCAGGAGAGAUACGGGGGGCUUGGCUGUGUUUCAUCCAGCCAGCGCAGCAGGGAGUCUGGCUUUAACCUUGCCAACCCACUGAUGCUAAGCCAGUACGAGGGACGAGGUCAGUUUAAUAAACAACUGGCCUGGCAGCUGAAUGGAUCUAACGGAGUGUUCCAUUAUUCAGGGCAGGAGAUACCAUCAUUGAUGAGUGGUGGCAGGACAGGCUUUAUAACACCUCGCUCAGAGGGCAGGAAACCAGCGAUUGCACCAAUCCACUCCAGAACCAACCUAAUGGAGGCAGAAUUGAUGGAUGCUGUGUCUGAUUUCUGACUUCGUCCUGUAUUGCUUUGCUGAGUUUGGUCGGAAAGUGCUGGAUACUUUGCACCACAAAUUGAUAGAAACAUGUAAGACAGGGUUCCUGUCACUGUGCCUAUGUUGGUACAUGGAGCAUGUUUGUGUGGUGAGCUCCAUAACUGGUUGGUCUUUUCUUUAAAUGUUACGGUAGAUUAGGCACAGAAGACUUCUGACUGAGUGCCAAUUUAAAUAAGGCUGCCAGUUUUGCCAUCAGUAAUACUAAGCUAUUCCAGUCUCUGACACCUGACGUUGACCUUCAAGUCCGAACUGUGUGUACUGGUUAACCUUAAGUGUGCAUGGACGUUUAGAGAGAUGAAGCUGAUGAAGCUGACUCAAACAAUCCAGCACCCUCAAGAUACAAGUAAAUAGGAACUUCAUCCUCAUUUAAACCUAAGUUAAAAUGAUUUGGCAUGAUAACAGUAUUAGGAAUAUUAUUUGUUUGAAUUACAUGGCAGCUUUGCAAAUCAGCACACACACGCUUGUUGGGUACACACCACCUUGGGCAAGUUUUGCGAAAGGAGCAUAACAGGACAAAGUACUGUAUCACUGCAAAAUUCAUAAAAUUGCUGCUGCGUUACAUUUGCAUUUCCUCAUUUGGCUCAUGCUUUUUAUCCAAAGUGACUUAGAAUUUCAAUCAGUAGCCCAAAGGUCCUCUUGCGUCAAUGUCGAACUGAACUUUUGAGUUGAUGUGCGUUGGAGUGGAUCAUAGCACCAUUUCAUAUAUCCGUCGCUCUGUUUUAUCCACAUGCUACACUGUUUCUUAGACCUGGCUCAUGCAGUUAUGGUGAUCUGAUCUAAACAAACGAUAGUGUUAGUACUUGUUACAAAGAGAAAGUGUAUUCUUAAAUAUUAGUAUUAUCAGUACUGUCAUAUGAAGUUGCCUGGUGCAAUUACAAGCAAGUUUCGUGCAGGAUAUGUGAAAGCAAGGGCAUUUUUUUUAAAUGUACUGACUGUAAAGAAGCUGAAAAUGCUAUUGUCAAAAUUGCGUGUUUGUCGUCUGCUUCUAUUUCAAGCGAUUGCUGUACAGUUCUAUCAGAAAGGCUAUUUUUGUACCUUAGCAUGUAGUUUGUUUCACCUGUAUUCUGGUGUAGAUACGUCAGUUUCAUGUCGUGCUUUGGCUCACUUUUUCACUUGUAUUUUGUAAGUUUUCUAAGGUAGAAUGCCUCGUAUUUGUAAUCGUUGAGUGAUUUGGAUUUUGCACAUUUAAAUUUGAAAAUGACAUUGUUUUGAUUUGAAAUUUCAUAUGAAGCUUUAUAAUUUACUCGAACGUAAUUUGUAUUCCAUCGUUUGAAUCUUGACACAAUUGACUAAUACUGAAUUAGUAUAGGUGAUCGUAUGAGCCGAGUAAAAUUAAGGAUUAAUUUCAUGAGUGAUUUCGAAGUUUUGAAAAUGUCAAAACUUUGAAAUCACGAGUGAAAUUGAUCCUUAAUUUUAUGAGGAACCAUAUGAUUACAACCCAGAUUCCAAAAAAGUUGGGACAAAGUACAAAUUGUAAAUAAAAACGGAAUGCAAUGAUGUGGAAGUUUCAAAAUUCCAUAUUUUAUUCAGAAUAGAACAUAGAUGACAUAUCAAAUGUUUAAGCUGAGAAAAUGUAUCAUUUAAAGAGAAAAAUUAGGUGAUUUUAAAUUUCAUGACAACAACACAUCUCAAAAAAGUUGGGACAAGGCCAUGUUUCCCACUGUGAGACAUCCCCUUUUCUCUUUACAACAGUCUGUAAAUGUCUGGGGACUGAGGAGACAAGUUGCUCAAGUUUAGGGAUAGGAAUGUUAACCCAUUCUUGUCUAAUGAAGGAUUCUAGUUGCUCAACUGUCUUAGGUCUUUUUUGUCGUAUCUUCCGUUUUAUGAUGCGCCAAAUGUUUUCUAUGGGUGAAAGAUCUGGACUGCAGGCUGGCCAGUUCAGUACCCGGACCCUUCUUCUACGCAGCCAUGAUGCUGUAA